AUGGAUUGGGACCGCAAUAGAAGAUUUGACGAUCACCGCGGCGGAGAAAGCUAUCGUCCAGCAAAUUCUCGCAGCUAUUCACGACGCAGUAGAUCUCCCCGAAAUCGGUCUCCCCGCCGAGUUGCUGAUACGUGGGUGCCAUCUCGGAUAUACGGUCGUGUGCGCAGUCGUUCGCCUCCAGCUUUUAGGCGCCGUUCAUCUCGGAGCCCCCCAUAUCAUAGCAGGGAUACCAUCUCCAAAUCCUACACGAAAGCAUGCUCACCUCAGCGACGCCAGUCCCCUCGGCGAGAAGGAAGACCCAGUGCCCCCAUACAAACUUCAUGGCGUCCGAAGUCGCCAUAUUGCGAGACUCGGGACAUCUCUGGCGGACGGACUGGCUUUAAACGGCACCGAGAGCUAUCACCGCACGCCCAAGACUCCAGGCCUCCUAGAAGAGAGCGUCCUGCACUGACUACAGCUGAUCAAUACCCGAGAUCUAAUUCCCUGUCAAGAGAUGGCUCGUUCCGAGAAAGUUUACCUCGCACACCAACUGUCUUCCGCCCUCGAAGCCCUCUCCAGGAGCGUCGUCGCGAACGUUACAUUGUGGAUAAUUUUUCCCACAAGCGAGGAUCGACAUCACCACGGGGUGUCGCAUCGAUGCAAAAUUCAGCUAUUGAAUCUGGAAGUACGUCAAGACGGUCAUCACCGUUUACCGAUAGAUUCUCUACUACGUUCAUGUUUUAUACCAGCGGUCGAUCGCCAGGUUCUCACCCUAUCAACCGUCAGCAGCCGUACAGGAACUCAGAGAACUCUCCCAUUAAUGGCCGUACCCCCAAUCCAAACAAAGAUAAUGUAACGGAUGUGACUCUAAUUGCUGGCCGGGAUGCUCCAUCAACCCCUAGAGGAGACUUUGACAAGCGAGAUAAUGGCCAAUCUGUUGAUAUUGCGGGAACCGAAUACAGUAAGUUAAAUGUUGCAUGUCCCCCAGGCUGCCCCAAGGCGGCCUCCAAUGCCGUGCAGAAUGAAUCCCCCCCAUCUGGCCCUUCGCAGGGUCCCAAGUCCUUGUCUUCCCAAAACCGUGGGUUGAACAUUUCUUUACUGUCGGCACCAACCCGUCCUCGUGGAGGUCCGAGUUUUAAAGAGGGUAUAUGGGGACCCACAGCGCGACGUGGGCCUUCGUCAGCCAGUUCUAAUAUACCUCCCUCCGGUCCACGCAGUCAUUUGCCAUUGGGUCCAAGCACCGAAUUUCAUCGCCAUGCUGCAUAUCGACAAAAUAGCGUUACAACGCCAUCAUACCCUCGAACCCCAAAAUAUACGAGCUACUUCGCGGGCCUUUCUUCGAUAGUCCCAGGAGGAAAACUUCUUUCAUCUAGCAUGGAUAUUAGCGUUGAGAAGCGACUCUCUCAAUUAGACGCAGACAAGGACCGGCUGUUUGAGCAGAUUGCGGACAUCCAGACGUAUAAACGAACUGGGGUUAGGGAUUGGGACAAAUUUGAUAGAGAGAGCUCUAUUUGUGCCUUGAAGAGCGAGUUAGCAGAAGGGCAUCUACAAAGUAUAACAGAGUGUGAAAAUGUGCAUGCGAACGCUGUUUUUUAA